GCCUCGAGUCGAGAUUCUAUUUGGACUUCGUUGCUAGUUCAACCCAAUCCCUCAGCGCCACGCGUCUAACACUCCCACUUAACCAAAAACCCCUCCCCAAAACCCUAGUCCUUCCUUCUUCAGUUCUUCCUCUCACUCAUCAACAAUCUCUCUCUCUCUCUCUCUCUCUCUCUCUCUCUCUCUCUGAUGCUGAUGCUGAUGCUGAUGUUGAUAUUCACCUGAAACUGAAAAGAUGAUGUCGCGCUUCUGUUCACUGGUGGUGGUUCUACUUCUCCAGUUAGUGAUCAGUACGUUGUCGUCGCUCUUGGUGUCCGGUCCGCACAUAGCUGAUGUGAACAUAUUGUUGCCCCCGAGAAUGACUCAUCCUGUGGAGUACAGGCUCCAAGGAAGCGACGGUUGCUUCAGAUGGUCUUGGGAUCAUCAUGAUAUUUUAUCUGUUCUCCCUGAAUACAAUGUAAGUAGUCAUUGCACAACUAGUGCGCGGUUGAGGUCAAUUGCUCCAUUCACUGGUCGAAAGGAGACUGCUGUUUAUGCAACUGAUGUAAAUACUGGGAUGGUAAUUCGUUGCAAAGUUUAUAUUGACAACUUCUCCAGGAUCCAGAUAUUUCACAACUCCAUCAAGCUUGACCUAGAUGGGCUUUCUACUCUGCGUGUCCGGGCCUUUGACAAUGAAGACAAUGUAUUUUCGUCGUUAGUGGGCUUACAGUUUAUGUGGGAACUGAAGCCUGAGGCAAAUGGAUUGUCUCAUCACCUUGUUCAUGUUCCUCUGAAGGACUCUCCCCUGAGUGACUGUGGUGGGUUAUGUGGUGGCCUAGAUAUCCAAAUACGUCUUGAAGACAGUGGCGUUUUCUCGGAUUUAUACGUCAUUAAAGGAACUGGAAUUGGUCGUGAGAAUGUUUCUGUUCAGUUGCAUGAGCCACAUUUUGAACAGAUGCAGGACAAGAUUGUUCUAACUGUAGCAGAAGCCAUGUCUCUUGAUCCUCCCUCACCUGUUUUUGUCCUUAUUGGUGCUACCGUUCGUUAUUGCCUCAAAGUUAUGCGUGGGAAUAUUCCUCAAGGGAUUACUUUGCCAUCUCCUUUCCACAGAUGGUCUGUUUUGAACUCUUCGGUAGCUCAGGUGGAUACAAUGAUGGGUGUAGCUCUGUCUCUGAGCUUAGGGAUUACAUCUGUCAUUGUUGAGGACACCAGGGUUGCUGGUCACCAUCAAAUAUCAUCUCUCCAUGUGGUUCUACCAGACACUUUACGUUUAUACUUGUGUUCUCUGUCUCAAUCCGGUGAACCAGUGGAUGAAAUAAACCCUAUUUCAUCAGUGUCACGUUGGUUUGUGGUUUGUGGCAGAAACUAUCUCAUUUUUAUGAAGGUUUUCUCACGAGGGCCCGAUGGACAAGAAAUCUAUCUAACGGAGAGUGAUGAUGUUAAGUUACAUGAGGAUCAACCCGGUUACUGGAACACCCUCCCGGUAUCUCAUGAUAUUGCAGUCAACCAAGGGUUGUCUAAUUCCAGAAUCCUAAAAGCAACUUCUUAUGGAUUAGGAAAACUAACGGCAACUUUGACUUAUAGUACAGGGGAUGAUGAAACAAAGGAGGUCCUCAAGGUUGUCCAAGAAAUCAUGGUCUGUGAUCAAGUAAAAUUCAGCAUUGACAGUACAAAGGUUGUAACUCAAAGUAUUCUCCUUCCAUGGGCCCCCAGUGUCUAUCAGGAGUUGGAUCUAAAGGCAACAGGAGGAUGUGCAAAAGCGUCCAGCGACUAUAAAUGGUUUUCUUCAGACAUGACCACUGUGUCAGUUUCUGCUCACGGGGUUGUGCAGGCAAAGAGGCCUGGGAAAGCUACUAUCAAAGUGGUAUCCAUUUUCGAUCCAAUCAAUUACGACGAGGUGGUCAUUGAAGUUUCCAUCCCUUCUUCUAUCGUUGUGUUGCCGAACUUUCCAGUGGAGACUGUAGUGGGAUCACAUCUUCAAGCUGCUGUGACAAUGAAAGCAUCAAAUGGUGCCUACUUCCAUAGAUGUGAUGCUUUUAGUUCCUCCAUAAAGUGGAAAGCUGGAAGUGAGUCUUUCGCAAUUGUCAAUGUGGCUGGGGAGCCAUUUGUCUUCGACAUGCUAGCUGGUCCUCCAUGUUCGUGGACCUAUGUCUAUGCUUCUAGUUCUGGCCAAACUCUGCUGCAAGCAACACUGUCUAAAGAUUAUCAACUCUUUGAUCAUUCUUAUAGUGGACCUAUCAUUCUAAAAGCCUCAUCGCGUAUUGCAGCAUAUAGACCACUUAUCUUGCACCAGGCAAGUGAUGGAAACCAAUUUGGUGGUUAUUGGUUUAAUUUGGCUCGAGCUGAAACCAAUAAUGAGCUAGAAAAUUUGGAUGAGUUGUAUCUUGCCCCUGACACAAGUUUGGAUGUUAUGCUUCGUGGAGGACCGGAACGAUGGGGCCAUGGUGUUGAUUUCUUUAAAACUGUAGAAACUUUGGAUGAUGAAGAUACUCUUCGUAAAGAUGGAGUUAUUAAUGUCAAUCAAAUAUCUAGCAGCUAUGUGAAUUCUUACAGAAUUUCAUGCCAAAAACUUGGAACCUUUAGACUCGUUUUCAAACGUGGAAACUUGGUUGGGGAUGACCACCCUCUGCCUGCUGUAGCAGAAGUGGGACUGUUGCUUAGAUGCACUCUUCCCUCCACCAUUGUGCUAAUAGCUGAUGAACCAGUGAAUACACCCAAUGUCAUUCGGAGUGCAACACAAGCUGACCGUAGUCCAGAGCGAAUGCGUGCCACUCCUAUCACUGUAGCAAAUGGACGCACUAUUCGAUUGUCUUCAGUUGGUAUAAGUAACUCAGGAAAAGCUUUUGGAAACUCAUCUUCUCUUGACUUAAGGUGGGAACUCAGCAAUUGUGAUGGUUUGGCAACUUGGGAUGAUGCCUAUGAUAUACCAACAUCUGAAUCCGGCUGGGAAAGGUUUUUGAUCUUGCAGAAUGCAUCAGGAUUGUGCAUUGUUCGUGCGACCGUUAUAGGUUUCUCUGGUAGUGUGGGUGGUGGUGGUUCUAAAAUACCAUUUGAAAGCUUGGCGAGUGAUCUUACAGAUGCUUUACGUUUACAGCUAGUGUCUACACUUAGAGUCGAUCCAGAGUUCAGUCUAUUAUUCUUCAGUACAGAUGCUCGGCUGAAUCUCACAAUUACUGGAGGGAGCUGUUUUUUGGAUGCUGUGGUGAAUAAUUCUCAAGUUGUAGAAGUGAUUCAGAAGCCAUCAGGUUUACACUGCUCACAGUUGGUGCUGGCUCCUAAAGAGUUGGGAUCUGCACUUGUUACAGUAAAAGACAUUGGACUUUCACCUCCAGUUGCUGCUGCUUCUGUGGUUCAAGUUGCAGAUGUAGAUUGGAUUAAAAUUACAUCCCCAGAGGAGUUAAGCCUUAUGGAAGGAAGUCUUCAGUCCAUUGAUCUUUUGGCUGGCAUUGAUGAUGGAAGUACUUUUGACCCCUCCCAGUACAUUUACAUGGGCAUUCAUGCCCACAUUGACAAUCCCAUAGUAGAGCUUGUAAACAAUGAUGAUUUCCCAAGUCCUCUUGAUGGCUAUGUGAAGGCACCAAGUUUCAUUAUCAGGGCCAGGCAUAUUGGGGUCACCACUCUUUAUAUCAGUGCAAAACAGCAUUCUGGACGAGAAAUAUUGAGCCAACCUAUUAAGGUGGAAGUUUAUGCACCACCAAUACUGCAUCCUAGUGACAUUUUUCUGGCACCAGGUGCAUCCUAUGUGCUUACUGUAAGAGGAGGCCCAACAAUUGGUGCCCAUGUGGAGUAUGCUAGUAUGGACGAUGGGACUGCAACAAUUCACAAGUCUUCAGGACGACUUUCUGCAGUAUCACCAGGAAACACAACUGUAGUUGCGACAUUGUAUGGGAAUGGAAAUACUAUGAUUUGUCAGGCACACAGCCGAGUCAAAGUUGGGAUCCCUUCUUCUGCAUUACUAAAUGUACAAAGCGACCAUCUGGCUGUUGGUCGUGAGCUGCCAAUAUUUCCUUCUCUGUCCGAGGGCAAUUUGUUUUCCUUUUAUGAGCUUUGCCGGGAUUACAAGUGGACUAUAGAUGAUGAAAAGGUAUUGAGUUUCCAAGGAGCAGAGCACAUGUAUGAUGACAAGUAUGGAGCCCACAUUGCUUUACUGAAGGAAACUAUAUCCACCAGCUAUUUGGAUGAGAAUGACCUUGGUUUUGUUGAACUGUUAUAUGGAAGAUCUGCCGGCAGGACAGAAGUCGCAGUAACAUUCUCUUGUGACUUUAUCUCUUCUGGAUCAUUCUCACAAUCAAGGUCUUAUACUGCAUCUGCAUCUGUAUGGGUGGUAUCUGAUCUUCCUCUUGCUCUUGGAGUCACGUGGAUUCUUCCUCCUCGUUACACUUCGUCAAGUCUUUUGCCUUCUUCGUUGAGUUCUUAUAGCCAAUUCGAUACUCGGAGUCGCAAAGGUCCAAUAUCCUAUUCUUUGCUGAGGCAAUAUGGUGGAAAGAAUGAAGAGGCUCAGAAAGAUGCCAUAUCAAUUGAUGGAGAUAAAAUAAGAACAACGGAGAGUAAUACCCUGGCAUGCAUUCAGGCAAACGAUAGGACAACUGGAAGGGUUGAAGUUGCAUCUUGCAUUAGGGUUGCUGAGGUGUCUCAAAUAAGAACACCCAAGGACUUUCACAGAAUUGAUCUUACUGUUGGUGCUGAACUUGAUCUUGCAAUUAGCUUUUAUGAUAUCCUUGGACUCCCUUUCCAUGAGGCUUAUGGUGUCGUUCCCUUCAAUGCUGAAACUAACUAUCGCGAUAUUGUCUCCAUUAAUGUAACGAGAAAUGGCAAUGGGAAUAUCCAUCUUAAGGCAAUGCGGCAUGGAAGAGCUCUUGUGCAAGUAUCAUUCAGUAGUAAUCCGCAGAAGUCAGAUUACGUAAUGAUUUCAAUUGGUGCUCAUUUAUAUCCCCGGAACCCAGUCCUUCGUCUAGGAAAUCAACUCAACUUCAGUGUGGAAGGAUUGAAUGAUCAAAUGUUUGGCCGGUGGUUGAGUGCUAAUGAAACUGUGAUUUCUGUGGACACAAUGUCUGGAAAAGCUGAAGCCAUUGGGUACGGAACUACUCAAGUAAUUUUCGAAGGUUCAAGUUUGAAACUGCAAACAGCAGUUACCGUGUUGAGAGGGAAUAUUGUGGUUAUUGAUGCUCCAAGAGAGAUGCUGACGAAUGUUCCUUUCCCAGCAAAAGGAUAUUUCUUCCCUGUGAAAUUCAGUGAUGCUCCUGACCAGAAGUCUGAAGCUCCUCGAAAUGGUGUUCAAGUCCUGUAUGACUGUUGGGUGGACCCACCUUUUGUCGGAUAUGCAAAGCCUUGGAAGGAUCUUGACACCGGUGUAUCUUAUUGCCUCUUCUUCCCUUACACUCCUGAACAUCUAGCACUUGCUAUUCCCAAGUCAAAAGACAUGAGACAGGAUAUAUCUGUUUCUAUCAAUGUCUCAUUAAGAGGAGCCAAAAAUAUUUCUGGAUCUGCAUCUGCUCUUUUUGUUGGAGGAUUUUCUAUAUUAGAAGCGGACAAGAAUUCCAUGCAGUUAAAUCUGACACCAGAAUCUAACAGGAGUAUCAUAACCAUUGUGGGUAAUACAGAUGUGGAAGUCCACUGGCACAACCAGGAUCAACUGAUUAUCAACCUCAUCCAUAGAGAAGAUUUUGGGAUUGGAGGGCGUGCACAAUAUGAGGUCAAAGUUCUUGGGGUCCAAAAGUUCGCAGAUAAAUUAAUCCUCACGCUCCCAGCCAAUGGUCAACGAGAGGAAAUUGAUGUCAACUAUGAACCAGGAGUGGGAGCAGCAUCAGAAAUGGCAACUAAUUCUAUCUUAUGGGUGGGCAUAAUCGCAUGCUUCAUCCUUUUGAUAUUGACAGUGGUCAUCUUCAUUUGUUACCUGGACAGACCGGAUAGAUCUCGGCCAUCGACCACACCAGUGCCCACGCCAACUGUUGUAGGUCCGGUUACACCUGAUCGUGGUGCUGGUGGCGGUGGUGGUAGUCCUGUUGUUGCGAAUGGACAUUCUCCUCGGACACCUCAGCCUUACAUUGAAUACGUGAGGAGGACAAUAGAUGAAACUCCGUACUAUAGACGAGAUGGGAGGAGGAGGGUGGUUAAUCCACAAAAUACUUUCUAGUUUUUUUGCGGGGAAGUUUUUCUUUGUGCAUUUUUCAUGGCUGUAACACCAUCAAACUGCUACAGAGAGGCCUUCCCUCUUGAGCAACCUGCCUUCCUACAAAUUUUGUAUGUAUAGUUGUAGUUUAGUUUUUAUCAUUCAUUUCAACGUGAGAUUGCUCUCUC